AUGAAGGAUACAGUACCUCCACAGGGUGACUGCCCAACAUAUAAUCCUCUACCAAAUGUGAAAAAUAUCCUUGUAACGGGGUGUGCUGGUGUUAUUGGUGGAUGGUAUGUUCGCAUGAUAGUCCACGCCUACGCAAGCCACUAUCGAGUGAUCGGGUUCGACAAUUUGGAGUCUUGCGCCUCCUUGGAUAACCUCGCAACCAUUGACCAGCACCCGGCUUUCUGCAUUGUGAAAGGUGAUAUAUGCAGAUUUUCGGAUGUCAUGGCUGCAAUGAAGAGUUACAGGGUUGACGCGGUUGUUCAUUUUGCUGCUCGAUCUCGAGUCGACCAGUCAUUCUCCAACCCGCUAGCCUAUACAACCACCAACGUCGUCGGGACGCAGAUAUUACUCGAGGCCGCAAAGUCGAUAGGCUCCGUCCACAGAUUCGUCUAUGUCUCGACUGAUGAGGUCUAUGGUGAGAAUGACCCUGAAAGGUGUUUCGCCUCUAGCGAAAAUCAGCCCCUGAAUCCAACCAAUCCAUACGCAGCGAGUAAGGCAGCCGCAGAGAUGAUUGUCCGCGCCUAUGAAAAGUCCCAUACCACAAAGUUCCGUGGUACAAAGGGCCUUGGACAACCUCACCUCGGUCAUUCCAAAGAGUCCGUAAUAGCGGUUUACUCCGAGCCAAACUGCUGA